UGGGCCCUACAGCCAAUGGGAAGGGGAGGGGGGCGGCCGCCUGGCGAAAAGGGGGAGCAAGCGGCCGGGGGAUGCGGGGGGAGGAGGAGGCGGGCUUCCAAUCCGGUUUCAUCCAGUUCUCCCACCGCCCCCAUCGCGGGUCCGAGCAGUUUGGACCGCGGGAGCAGCAGUAUCGGCCAGGCAGUCCGGGUCUGCGAAGCUUCCCCGCGCGGCGCUGCUCUCAGGCCCCCGGCACGCGCCCGCCCCACCGCCACGAUGCCCAAGAGGAAGGUCAGCUCCGCCGAGGGGGCGGCGAAGGAGGAGCCCAAGAGGAGAUCUGCGAGGUUGUCAGCUAAACCCGCUCCUGCAAAAGUGGAAACCAAGCCAAAAAAGGCGGCUGGAAAGGACAAGUCUGCAGACAAAAAGGUGCAAACGAAAGGGAAAAGGGGAGCAAAGGGAAAACAGGCCGAAGUGGCUAACCAGGAGCCUAAGGAAGACCUACCUGCGGAAAACGGAGAAACUAAAAACGAGGAGGUUGGAGUGUUUGUGUUAGUCCAGCCUCGGAUGAAGCAGGAGAAAAAGAAGCCAAGUCUGAUUAAUAUCAUAUAUCAUGUCUUAUCAGUGGUCCCUGUCUCCCUUCUUGUACAAUCCAGAGGAAUAUUUUUAUCAACUAUUUUGUAAAUGCAAGUUUUUUAGUAGCUCUAGAAACAUUUUUAAGAAGGAGGGAAUUCCACCUCAUCCCAUUUUUUUAAGUGUAAAUGGUUUUUUUUAAGAGGUGAAAUCAUUUGCUGGUUGUUUAUUUUUUGGUACAACCAGAAAAUAGUGGGAUAUUGAAUAUGGGAGGCUUUGAUUGUCUUGGGUGCCGGCUAAACAUUCCAUAGACGGGGGUAGUUUUUAUAUCCUAUAACACAAAGCAUACUAAAUGGCAAUUUGGAGUCAGUUGUGCAUUUACUAUGUCUCGAACAUUUUAAAUUACUUCUAUUCUCAUGUUUUUGGUAGAAGUGUUUCCUAAAGAAAACCACUCCUUGAUCUUGGCUGCCCCCCAUCAGAACUUUGUGCACUCUGUAACAUCUUGUUGUGGUAGUCCAGUUUUCCUAGUAACUUCGUUAAUGUGCUGUGAAAGAUUGAAAAUUCGAUUAUGUAGUAUAUAUAUUAAAUUGUGAAUUAGUCAGGCUUUGAUGUAACAGCGUAUCAGCAUUUGCAGAUAUUGGUACUUGAUACAUAAGAGUAUCCUUAAUAAGAUAAGGAAAUUAGUCCCCAAAUUUUAAGCUGGAAAGUCACUGGAAUAACUUCAGAAAAGAAUCAUAACUACAUGAUUUUACAUUUUUGGUACGUAUGUUAAGAAUUGUGUACAAAUUGAAAUGUCAGUGUACUUAUCUUCAGAACAACCAAUAAAAUCUCACUUAUGAAAAAUGGCUUAAGUUUUA